CUCUUUUUUUAUGUUACUUUUUCUUGUUUCUUUUUGAUUGCUUUAUUAAUACCCGUUAUAAAUGUUAAGAGGGAGGGGGGUUUGUUUUCUGCCAUAUUGAUUGCUCUAUAAAUUCUGUGCUUCUUGGCAUUAAUUUUUCAGCUGCAUAUUCUUAUCUCUUUUUGUAAGUUGUCUCUGUUUUUGUUUAUGUGUCGUUUUAAGUUAUUCGGAUUUUUUGUGAAUUUUUUCCAAAAUGAUAAUGAAUGGAGAUGUAAUUCGGCUAUAUUAAUUUAAGGGUCUUUGUGGGGUCUUCUUUUUCUUUCUUCAUUGGAGGCUGUGGGUAUAUACUAUGUCUUAUAUAUGUCGUUGAAUACAUCUGGCCGAAAUAUAAUCCCAAAAGUGUCUUCUUUGGAGGUUGCCUCUAACUAAAACAAGAAAAGACAAUAGAUAAUUUGGAAAUUCACAAGCUUGUCAGACAUGGUCAAGCUGAUUUUCAUUUUUUUGUUCACAUGGUGUUUGAUACAUGUUCUUCUUUACAAUAAUUUCUGACGAAGUUUUUGACGCUCUGGGUUUUAAGGUAUCUUCCACAAGAUAAACGGUCAAUUAAAGUGGGAAUCAAGGUGGCUAGAGAGAGAUUUACUUUCCCAGUUUGGUAAUCAUGGGAAGGCAGUUGCAGCGCUUAGACUCUGGUUUUGGGGGUAAUCAGCAUUCAGGUUGUAUGUGGGGCAUACUGCAUAUUCUUGAUUACCAUCGUUGGCAUAAUGUCAAGAAGAUGCUCCCAUACAAAAGGCAUGGUGGAAGACGACGUGUCCAUGGUAAUGGAAUUGAGAAAAGAAUUUUGGAAAACCGUGAUGUUGGUGAAGUAAAUGAGUGUAUGGAUGCUGAAGGAGAACCGUUGCUGGUUAAACAACAGAGUACAGAGUCAAUCUCUAGAAACAAAAGAUCUGGAAAAGCUCGCACGAAAUCAUCUAGUGCUAAAGAGAGGGGAGAGAGCCACAAACAAUGGAUUUUGAGCUUCCCUGGGCACCGAACAAGUUCAGUUCAUCAUAUAGAGCCUUCAGUAACGUGUCUGGGUGAAACAAGUACUAAUGAGACAACUCCCCUUAUUAUUCCUCAAAACAGCGGCAACAUGAGUGGAGUUGAGGACUUGGGGAAUGAUCAGAUUGCAAUGAAGCAGACAAUUUGUCAAGAAAAUUGUGAUAAACUAAUGGAAGCAGACAUUCUGGAGAUAUUUAAGGCAAACAAGGAGUUUUUCUUAAAAAUCUUGCAAGAUCCUGACAUUAGUAAAAGCCACGUUCAGGGCCUAAAGAAGUCCAAUAUCAAAAUGAGAUUAACCAAAUCAAGGUCAUUUCCUAUAGCUGAUUCAUCACAAGCUAUAAAAAACAGAACUAGUACACUCAAACACAAGCAGAAUGAGAAGUGGCUCUUCCCAAAAGGAGAGAAAUCACUUGCUGUUAACCAAGCACAGAAGUCAGUAGAAUCAAACCCUCAAAAGGAUCAACAUAUGGAUUCCUUACCUUGUACCGCCAAUGAUCAUUGUACAAGCAGUACUUCUCCAAGUUUGCCCCAUGGAUCCAGUAACCACGGUUGGAAUCAAUUGGUCUUGAACCGUUUCAGAGACAUCAAGCAGAAAAUAAAACAUGCUCUUAAGGAAAGCAACAAGAAGAAUAAACCCACAACCAUAGAAGCAGCACUGCAAAGUGUUCCUUUUGGAGGUAAUGAGAUGUCUAACAGACUAGAGAUAACCAUUGGCCAGAAUGGUAAUGAGAUUGAUGGUUCCAAUGAAGAUAUCAGCAAACGAAGUGCACAUCUUGUAAGAAGAACAUCUUCUCUAAAUGAGUCUCUGGAUAGGUACACUCAGUUGUUUGAGACUAGUUUUGGCAGAGCUACCAAGCUCCCCCACUCCAGGAGCUUAAGAAUGAUGAAUGAAGAAAAAGUUCAGUCAAGUGGGCAUGCUCGAAAAUCCAGCAGAAGGAAUCUGUCCCUACCUGAUCUUGACUCUAUUUGUUCCUUUCUAAAUGGAGCAUCUCAUGAUGCUUUUCGUUUAGGAAUGCCAAUUAAGACUAUUGUGGAUCACAGUCAGACUAAACCAAAGAUAAUCAGCUUUUCUGAACCGCUAAAUGUUAUGGUAGAGGAUGACUUCCAGAAUAGCAUGUUAGAAAGACGUGACACGAGUGUAGAUAUUGAAUAUUCAGCUGGUUUAAAAGUUUCUGAGAACGACAAUGGACUUCCUGCAACAGAUGGCCAGAUGGAUGUGAAUGAAUCAGCAGUGAGGGAAAGCAUUACUCACCAAGAACAGGAGAUUGGAAUUUCAGAGGAUCCUGCAAGAGAGUUUCCACAAACGAGUCAAGAAUCAAUAAUUGAAACUCAGUUUACAGAUGAUGUAACCAGCACCGCAGAGUUUCCAAUGCCAGAAGGUUCGCAGUUAAAUCCUAGAUUUCCUCACGCGGAUGAGUCAGAUUCUGUUGUUGACAUACAAAAUGGGCACAACACAGAUUCUCUACCAGCAACUGAUACCACUUCAAACUGUGAGAAUACUGAAAAUGAAAACAAUCAUUUGGAUAACUGCUUUCUGCACUUUGGACCAGACAUUAUGGAAAAUGCUGACUUCAAUUAUGUGAGGAAUGUAAUUGAGCUGUCAGGCUUCGUUGAUAACGAGCAGCUUAGGUCAUGCCACUCACUGGAUCAGCCUUUGAAUCUUUCAUUAUUCGAGGAAUUGGAAGCUUGCUUUCAUGAUGAACUUGAAUGCCAUGAAGAUGAGGUUAACUGUGAUUGUGAUCACCAGAUUCUUUUUGAUUUAAUCAACGAGACACUCCAUGAGAUGAAUGAGAAAUCAUUUACUUACUUUCCAAGGCCAUUUUCUUUUAGUUGUAAUACUCGUUCAAUUCGAAAGGGUCAACAUCUUCUUGAGGAAGUGUGGCCAAGGAUCAGUUCUUGCCUGAGCUUGAGGCCAGAACUGGACCAGUCAUUGGAUGAUGUUGUAGCUCGAGAUCUUUGGAAAGGUGAUGGUUGGAUGAACCUGCAGUGGGAAACACAGAUUGUUGCACUUGAGCUUGAGGAUAUGAUUUCUGAGGAACUUUUAGAUGAAUUAGUUGCAUGUUUAUGAGAUUGUUUUAGGCCAGAUCACCAGUUUGUCACCCUUGUACAUUGAAAUUUUCUUUGUAGAUCAUCGUGUAUAUAUAUGUAGAUUGUGAAAGUAGAUCCACUUACAGAGCCAAGACUUAUUGAGAGAGUGCUGCCCCAACUCCCAUUGAGUUCCCAGUUUUUUGAAACUUUUAUAGAUAUAGCCAGUAAAGCAAGAUGAAUUCUAGUCUGUAAAAUUUACAAUAAGAUUAUUAUUAUUCUUAUUAUUUUUGUGUUC